UCACGCCCACAUCGAUUGUUGUAUUAUGGGAGUAAGAUGACCGGCUGGUGAGGAAAAACGCGAAAUACAGACAUGAAAUGGAAAGCUUGGAUUACACCCUUAUAGGACUAGCUAUACUAUUAUUUGCAGGAUGGUGUUUUAAUUUCUUCUUACAUAUUUUAGCAAUAGUGUAUGGGAAAUGGAAGUUAAACAGAAAAUUAACACCAGCUAUACCUGUAGAAGAGCUCCCAGGAGUGACAAUAUUAAAACCAGUUGUUGGAGUUGACCCUCAUCUUUAUGAAAACUUAGAGACAUUCUUCAGCAUUAAAUACCCACAGUAUGAAAUAAUGUUUUGCAUCCAAGAUGAAAUGGAUUCAGCAAUUAUGGUUGUUCAGAGUCUUGUACAGAAAUAUCCUGACGUAGACAGUAAAAUAUUUAUAGGAGGAAAACAUGUUGGAGCCAAUCCAAAAGUAAACAAUAUGGCUAUUGGGUAUGAGGCUGCUAAAUAUGAUAUGAUAUUGGUUAGUGAUAGUGGAAUUAAAAUGAAAGAAGAGUCACUUUUGGAUAUGGUACUUCAUAUGAAGGAAAAUGUUGGUCUUGUUCAUCAAAUGCCUUAUGCAUGCACAAGGAAAGGAUUUUCUUCUCAUAUGGAAAAGAUUUACUUUGCAACACAACAUGCUAAAAUGUAUUUAACAGCUAAUUUCUUCAACAUAAAUUGUGCUACUGGAAUGUCCUCCCUGAUGAGGAAAAACAUCAUUGAUGAAGCAGGGGGUCUCAAACACUUUUCACAGUAUUUAGCAGAAGACUUCUUCUUAGCAGAAAUGUUUAUAAACAAGGGUUAUAGAUUAAGAGUUAGUUCAUAUACAGCUCUACAGAAUGCAGGAGCUUACUCUAUUCCACUGUUACACAAAAGAUUGACAAGAUGGUGCAAAUUGAGAACAGCCAUGACACCUGCCACAAUAUUUUUUGAGCCAAUAUCACAGUGUAUUGUACAAGGCUGUUUGAAUGCCUGGGCCAUGUCCUACCUGUUUAACUUUACUGGUUCAGUUGUAUUCUUAGUCCAUGUACUCGUCUGGUUCUUACUAGACUAUAUACUCAUUAGAGUCAUAGAGGGAGGACCAUUACCCUUUUCUAAGUUUGAGUUUCUUGUUGGCUGGAUUAUCAAUGAAGUCACAUAUCCAGGUGUUAUAUUACGGUCACAUUUUGAUCCUAAAAUUGUGUGGAGGAACCAUCAAUUUAAAUUGAAAUGGGGAGGAAUAGUGGAAGAACUUCAUAGUAAACAGACUGUAUGAGUGUGUGUGUGUGUGUGUGUGUGUGUAAAUCUGUAGAAUGCAAGGGAGUUGUAGAUGUGUAAAUCUGUAGAAUGUUAGGGAAUUUUAGAUGUGUAAAUCUGUAGAAUGUUCGGGAGUGAUGUGUAAAUCCAUAGAAUGUUUGGGAAUUGUAGAUGUGUAAAUCUGUAGAAAGUAAGGGAGCUGUAGAUGUGUAAAACUGUAACAUGUAAAGGAGUUGUGUGUUUUUUAUUAGUUUAUUAUUCUUUUUAAACUUUGAUUUUAUGGUAAAAUGUUGAUUCCUUUUAUCUCAUUAAAAAAUUGCAACUAAUUGUAUUAUCAUAUGUAUCAUUGUAUUAUCCUCUUUAUCCUGAAGUCGAUGUAAGGAUACUAAUUGUAUACGUUCAUAUAAGUAUCUGGGAGGACUUAAUCAACUGAACAGAACUACAAGUUGAUCAAGAUGUGAACUCAAUUUGGAUUUUUAUACUAAUGUAAAGUGGUUUAUAUCUUUAUUUGUAUUUUAUACCAUUUUAUCUUGCCUUUAAAUACUCAAAUAAUAUUUAAUAUGAUAUUUAUCUUGAUAUAGAAUUGUAUCCCUGCAACUGGUUUGCUCUUUAUAAUUGACCAUGACCUUCAUUAUUGAUAUAAAUAAAAAAAAAAAAUCAGCAAAGAGAUUAACUAUCCUUUAUCUUGGUUCAAUUUAGUGAUUUGUUUUAUAAAUCUGGAUUUAUAUAAAUCAGUAAAGGAUAAAUGACAAAAUUAAUUUUAACCCUCUCAGGAUUGUCAAAAAGUUUCAGUUUCUCAGCUCUGUUAUUUAAUUUAACAAUGUAUACACAAGAAAUUAUAUGAUGCCAAAAUUUUUUGUAUUAUAACGAAUUGUUCUUUUAUUGUUCAAGGUGCUAAUGUUUAAUUUUACAUUGAUAAAAUUAGUGCAAACUGUGUGCAAUAUCACAUACAAAUGUUUUACAGAUCGGCUUUUUUUCUUUAUUUCCAUCAGCAUAAUUUUAGUCAGUUGCCAGUAUUUAAUUUUUUAUAUUAAAUAUUCAUAAUUGUACAUGUAAAAAAUAGAUGUAAAAUGUAUGUUAAUAUUAAAUGAAAUCAUGUUUUGUCUUUACACUGAGAAAUCAAAAUAUGUUCAACAAUUUAAGAUUAAUCUAAAAAAGAAACAUUUUAACUUCAAAGUGUGAAAGUGUUUAAUUUAUCUAGGUGGGAUCUAAUUCUGACUAAAAUGUCAGUAAACAUGUGGACACUAUUUGUACAUUAGUACACAUGUAGAUAUUUUCACUGUAUAUUUACUUAUGUAUUUGUACACAUUUGGAUAUUUUAAUUGGUUUUAUGUAACAAUCUCAUUCCUAUCUUGGAAAGAGAUUAUUUAAAUUUUACAUUCACAUUGGUGUGGGGCGGGGUCAUAUUACUACUACUACCUUUGACAAACAUUUUGAUUAUUUGCUCUUUACUGUGUAUGAAGAACAUAGUAAAAGAAUAAUCAUGGUUUUUUUUCUUAAAAAAUUAAAAUGAUAUCAAUACUUCUGUGUACAGGCCAAGAAUUUAUACAGUAAAAAUGUUUUCUGCUUUGCAACACAUAAAUGCAAUUUAUUAUUUUCAUUUAAAUGAUUUAUAAUAAUUAAUAAAAAUCUAGUCAUAUUUUAUUUUACAAAUUUGAAGUAUAAAAAUUAUACUCCAUGAUAUUUAUUACCUUCUAGUCUGGCAACACAUAAAUGCAAUGUCUUCUUUUCAUUUAAAUGAUUAUUAGUAUCUAGAUCAAUAAUCUAAUCACAUUUUUUUUAAACCAUACUUGAUGAUAUUUAUUACAGUCUAGUCUGUUAACAGUUCUUGCCUUUGUUAGUGCUGAUGUGUUCAUGGUGAAGGAGAUUAUAAAUAACUGGUGCUUUAGGGUGCUAACUGUUUUAAUGUUAGUCAGUAUGUAUUACAUUGUUUUAGGCAUUUAUAUUCAGCUCAUUGGAUGUUCACUUUUUAAUUAUUUCACUUUUUAUCAACAUAUUUUAGCAUUCCAAUAAUAUUAUUUUAUAAAAUGAAUCUGUUUUACAGGUUGAGGUAUUAAUUUAUAAGGUUGCAUACUCAUUGUAUAAAACAAAGGUAUUUAGUCAUAUUAAUAACAUGAUUUAACUUUCAAAAGUUUGAAUCUUUAUUAAAUUUUAUGUUAUUUUUUUCAAUUUGUGUAUUGUCUAUAUCAAAGUCAUUUUAGUCUAUGUCGAAUUGACUGGUUUUACCAAGUGAUGAAUGAUUUUUUUCAUUUAGCACAUGUAAAUUACAUAUUUAUUCCAUUUCUGUUUAAUAUUCCUUAUUUUUUUUUACAUUGUUAAAGUGUUACAAAUGUAUGUAGUUCAUUAUUUCUUGUAUUAAGUAAUUGAGAUAAUUUUUUUGGAAAGAAGCAUUUUACCAUCCAACUGGUAAAUGUGAAUGACCUGUGUCAAUCAAUUUUAAUUGUUUUAUAACAUUCUGAUGUAUGAUAAGUUUUGUCAUAAAGGAAGAGAGAUUUUGGAUGAUUCAAGACUUUAAACAUUAAAAAUGCUGACAUAGCGAGUUUUCCAGAGAAAAAACUCAUUUGCAUGUUAAUACCUGUAUGACUGGCCAAAAAAGUUUCCUGGCAGUAAUUUUUUCCUUAAAAACUUUUCCAUAGAUUCUCAAAAUGAUCAGACUAAUUCAGCUGAUCAGAUCUUGUUUGGCCAUGAUGGGUAUUGAUAUGACAACUGUAAUUUUUGUUUCACUGUGAUAGUGGAAAUUGUCAUUUACAUUUUUGUAUUAUUUCUAAGUGAUGGUGAUGAGUUACACGUUGUUUCACUUAAACCAAUGGGAGAGCAUCUAGGAUUUAUGUUGUCUUUAAUGAAAAUGUUUAUUAAAGAAAGGAGAUGGAUCACAAAGGGUCAAUAUUAGCCUUAAAAUUUUUGUAUAUUUUAUCUACGAUACGUAAUUAUCAAAAGCAUUUGAUGAAAAAUAUGAAGAAAAAUGCCUGAUAAAUUCAAAAUCAACAAGAUUUGGCAUGUUUCAUCACUGAUGAUGACACUGUGAUGUCAUAGUUACACACUUUGACCAAUUGUUUAAUUUUGAUUUUUACCUGAAAUAACAUUGGCCACUAGCAUGGACCAAAUACGUGUAUCUCGCACAUAUACAUGUAUUUAUAAUAAAUGUAUUUUAACCGAAGGGUUUUUGCAAGGUUUUUGAGAAGGAAAUCGACCUUGAAAUUUGUCAAACUACUUUCAAAAUUUAAGAACAGCAUAGGUUUAUAAUUCUGAAUGACUGACCUUUAUGUUUAAUCCCGAAGUUGCCCGUGUGAUAACUAUUUGUUUUCCUAUCAUUAAGGUAUCAAACUUAUAAUUCUGUUAUGGUCAUAAACCAGCCUAUUUGUAUUGUUCGUUAGAACUUUUUCACAUUUUAUCAUGUUAGGACAUAUUAAAGCAGACUAUACGGUCAUUUGGACUAUGUUGAAUAUUUGUCUCAUUGGCAAUCAUACUAGAUCUAAUUUUAUAUAUAAUGAAAUAUUUUUACCAAUUAAAAGAAUAUCUUGGCAUUAUAAUAGUCCACUAACAAUGUAUUGGGUACUCCUUUAAAAGUUUGCCAAAAUUUUAGAGACUGAGAUUACAGUUUAUCACUUUUACUUGGUGUCCUGGCGUAUUUUAGUGUUGACAUGGUUUAUUACAGUGUGGAUGCCUUAAUUUGUUGGACAAGUUUGAAACAUUUUAACUCCGAUAUCCACAAUCAAUGUGGAUGUUAGAUGAUCUGUCACUGUCUGCAUACUAAAAGUACCAUCAUAUUUUUUUGGAAAAAUUUGUGAAUAUAUAAUGUUUAUAUCUCUCCAGGAUAUUGAUAUUAUCAACUUAUAUAUUUAAUUGCUGAAAAUUUAUCUGUAUCAGAUAUUUAGUCUGAUAGAAAAUCUCCACAAAUAUUAAAUUUUUGACUUGAUGGAAUCUCUUGAAAUAGAAACAUCUGUUGAAAGAUCAUGAUAGAAUUAGAUUAUUAUAUCUGUUGUAAUAUCUUUUAAUAUACAUUGUACCAUCUUUUUAUACUAUUUUUCUUGAAUUUCCAUGUCAAUUUGUUGUCACAAAAGUACUUGAUGUAAAGAUGUUUUAAUAGUAUUAACAUCAUAUAGUAUAGUAUCAAUGUUUAAUUACUAUAAGUUAAUGUUUGAAUUUAAGUACUGGAUUAUCAAUGGUUGUAUACUAACAUUGUAUUUCUUGUUCACAAGAAUAAACAUGAAAGAACAAAUUAUUCUUUUCUAUUUAAUUAUAAAUCUUAGGAUGUUGUCAUAACAGGAGAGGUUCAGGAUCUUAAAAUGGUUAACCCAGCCACACGUUCAUGUGUCCGUCUCAAGUCAGGAACAUCGUUAGUCUUGUUUCUUAUCUUAAUGUUUUUUGUUAUUUUGGUAUUGACAGCUGAUAAUCUUUUUUUUAAUUCAAACACAACUUUUAAGACUAGGAGUUAUUUAAAGCUUGGCAUAUUGAAUAGGCACCUGUCUAUUAUUGAAAACUGUAUGUUGAUCUCUAGAUGUCUUUUGGUAAUUUGUAACUUUGGGUUGCUGUCUCAUUGACAUAUACCUCACAUCUCCUUUUUGUCUCGCCAACUACGAAAGUUGCACUUUUUGAUACAUAGGAAUUAAAACUAGGUGACAGCGGCUUAAACUAUUUGUAUUGAGCUUUAUAUUUCAUAGGGUAGAAGACCUGGAGGCUCAGAUGCUUUAUGUUACAAAGUUUUGGUCUGUCAUAUGUCUGUUGUCCAUGACCUCAUAUUCAUGUUUCAGUAGCUGCUUGAAAAAAAUUUCUGUCAGACAGGGUUCACCUGACCUCUACCUCAUUUUUUUUUAUCAGUGAUCAAAGUUAAAGUUACAUGCUUUGGUCAGUUUCUCAGAUACUGUUAGUAGGUCAACUUCAUUUGGUGUAUGGAAUGAUUAUAAGGUGUACAUGUCUAUGUUUAUCUGACCUUGACCUCAUUUUCAUGGAUAAUUGAUAAUGUUAAGUUUAAGUGGUAGUUGAACUAAAUCUUUUUCUUUAGGACUAUCAACAUAAAAUCAAUCAUGGUCAGAAAAGCAGGUGAGACAGUUCAGUGUGUGCACUCUUGUAUUCAUAAGUACACAAUAAAAUGGUCUUGAAGACACUAUCAAGUUGAGCUAUGACAUUAGAAACUCAAGAGAUCACCAAAUCAUAAAAAACAAGAUCAUAUUUUUUCAGUCAAUAAAACAGAUAAUUGUAUGUUUACCACCAGCAUAGAUUGCCUUAGUCAUAUUUGGGACAGCUUUUCCCAAUUUUUGGUUUUAAUGCUCUUAGACUUGGUAUUAGAUUUGCCCAUCUAACUGUUUUGAUUUCAGCAGCAGUGACAAGUCUUUAGGAGACCAAACAUUGUCUGGCAUACAAAUUAUAAGCCUGGCAUCUUUGGUGAGUUAUCACCUUCAGCUACUUUCACAAAAAGAAAGAUGUAACCUUUUAAAAGUUUUAUUUUCAUUUAAAAAAAAAAACAUAACAAAACAAAAAAGUUGACCAGUUGGUAAAAUCAACAUACCGGGGUAGUCCCAAAUUGAAAAUUGCCUUCAUUUAAAAGAUAAUUGCAAGAAUUCAAAAGGAAUAGCUUUGUAUUAAAGUGAUACUAAAAAAAAUGUAUAAAAAAGAAAAC